AUGGCUGAGGAAUUUUAUAACACGUUUUUCAACGCAUUCACAUCCGAAUCGUCCGAAGUUACAACUGUUACACCAAAAACAAUUACGAAGGCAAUCAAUGAGAACAUCAAGCAUGAUAACUUUUACGGAACGCAUUCUAAACCACCAACGCUUGAAAGCAUUGAAGAUUAUACUUGGUGGAAAGAAAGAUUUAUUAAUUGGGCAAAAGCGUAUGCACAUGAAAGUUGGUUUUGUCUAGAAUACGGAUACGAAAAGCCAAAAGAUGAUAAAGGUGAAGAUCUACAGUUCAAAAAAUUCUCCAGAGACGACAGAGCAGAAUUUGCCGCCGAACAAAGGAUGAUCGCAUUGAUACAGUCAGCAAUUAGAAACGAUAUAUUUGCAUUACUAAAUCAUAGCGGGACAUCCAAAUCGGUUUGGGAAGCUCUACAAGAAGAUCGAAAUGAUAUUGUUCGCAAAACAGCUCAUGGGAAAGCUACGACAGCACCAAGAAAGUUUGCGAAUGUUGCUGAAAUUAAAGAAGAAAAAGAACCUGCUAAAAACCAUGAAGAAAAGAUUGAGAACAAAGAGAAAACUCGAGAAGAGAUCUUGAGUGAGAAAACACAUAAAGAAAGAGAUGUGGUUUACAGAAGAAUGGAUGAGAUGCAGGAAGAAUAUGAGAAUGCUGUCAGCAACAAACGAUGGGACAAGAAGAGAGAGUGUUUUUACAACAGAGAAGGAGAACCAGUUGCUGAAGAAGUCGAAACAGAAGCUGUAAAAGUUGAAGCUGUGAAAGAAGUUGAAGAACAACAAAUUGAAGAAGAAGAAAUGAAGGAUGUCAAGUCAGAUGCUGGUGAUGUUGGCGAAGAAGUCAGUGUUGAACAAAAGCUGAAUGAUGCUGAGAUGAAGCGGCCAGAGGAAGCUGAAAACACCGAAGCAAAAAUGAACUUCGUUCAAGGAACAAGUUCAGAAGAAGAGAAAGAACUCAAAUUUAGACAACAGUCAAAUGAAGAGUUUCAGGCCCAGAAAAAGCAACAACAACAGGUGUUUCUGAAGAAAACUGAAUGUCAACCAAAGGAGAAAUGA